AACAGUGCACUGAUUAAUGAGUAUUGUUGUGUACAUUGAUGAAUACAAAUUAGUCUUUGUGUGGUGGACGGCUGUUGCCGUUACACUCCCAUUGGCCCUGGUUUAUUUAUUAACUUGUAUAAUGUUACUCUGGUAAUGUUUGGAUCAACUCGCUUUGGCGUGGACCUUUACUGUGAAAAUGUGCGUACUUCCGGUCCAGCUGCUGCGCUCCCUUCCUGUUUGAAAGUCAGGGAAGACAAACACGGGAUUUUGGUUUCGAUACCCCGUCGUUCUACAAUGAAGACGCAGCUUUUUGUCCGCCUCACUCCGGUUAAAGAUACGUGUUGUUCGAACAGCAGAAGAGCUUUUUAAUAAAUGUUUAUACAUCAAGCGUUCUAAUAUUCCAACAAUCCAGAAGAACCAGCCGCCAUUAUGGAGGAAGAGGAGGAGGAGGGAAAAAUGGCGACAUGUUCGCGGAACUUAAAAGUAGAAACGGGUGUUUGUAGAAUGCGUCGGUCGCUCUUCUGUGCGGUCCUCUGUGUCUCCGUCCUCGUGACUCCAGGGACGUGUUGUCUGUCCAAGGAGUACGAACUACAGUCCCGCCAGUGCUGUCCGAUGUGCUACGAAGGUUCAGUGGUUAAAAGAGACUGCACUUCUCAGUCAGGCAUACGGUGCGUCCCCUGUGUGGACGGGACGUAUAUGGACCGACCCAAUGGGCUGAAUAAGUGCUUCCCCUGCAGCUCCUGUGACCAAGGUUCAGUGGUUAAAAGAGACUGCACCCCUCAGUCAGGCACGCGGUGCGUCCCCUGUGUGGACGGGACGUAUAUGGACCGACCGACUGGCAGGAGAAAAGGUUUCAACUGCAGCUCCUGUGAACAAGGCCGUGGUCUCUUUGCCAAACAGAACUGCACAUCAACAAGUGACACCGUCUGUGACGUCAUCGCUGGUCACUUCUGCACGGACCUGAUAGAAGAUAAAGAAUGCCGUUCGGCACGCAGACAUUCAGACUGUAAACCUGGUCACAGGGUCAAAGAGCCUGGGACCAGAAGAACUGACACAACGUGUGAACCUUGUCCCGCAGGCAGUUUUUCACUGGAGGGUGUGAAUUGUUCACUUUGGACCACUUGCUCAGAAAACCAAGUGGAGGUCAAAGGAGGAACCCUGACCAGUGACACUGUUUGUGGAGCUGCUUCAGGAGGCCGUUACUGGGAGAAAUCAAAAGAACCAACAGCAGGGGCCCGGGAGCAGCGUACUAUCUGGGGAAGAGACGUCGUCGUGUCUGCAGGAGGAGUCCAGUCGGGAAGUACCUCAAGGAAUGUUGAGGUGGAGCGGGGACCCUUGAGUUGUAGACAGAAGGGCGGACAGAACUCCAGAUAUGGCCGCCCUGGACUGUCUGGAGCUUUACAAUCCAUCACCACUCAGUCCACCAGCGAGCUACAGCAGCGCGGGGACAAGGACCGCCCACUCAUCAUCAUCACAACUAGGGAUAGCCAGAGGGGAAGUACAGGCUCAGCGUACUACCACUUAUGCCCCUGGAAGAACCCACCAUCACUCACAAUGUAGAGCCCACUCACGGACUGCAGAGGUGCACCAGCCUCAUUGCACCACUUUCUCUAUGGAACACUCCAAAUACCCAGCUACCUUGGACGCGCCUGACGUCAUGUGCUCAGAGGCGUGGACGCUGCCGCCCGCACCGACUCUAACCCAAUCACCACAGAACUCUGUUAGACCAACAGCAUAGUUAGUGCACCUUGAUUGUCUUUACAUGUACGUGUGUCCCCUUGUUGGGGAUUCGUGGGUGGAGCCGGUAGACGGUUAACUACGUCGUAGUCAAAGGACUCGCUGUGGUCUGAGAAUCCUCGGCUGAGGUGGUGACUUUUUUUAAUUAAAUUCUUUUGACUAACUUUUCGAUCCGAGAUGUCUUCUGUCCGUCCGGAGUUUCUUCAUUUUGAAAGACAACAAACCAUCAGAGGGCGACUGGCGAAGCUGCACGGCGAGCAGCACGUCUCUCUCCGGCUAGCGGCUCUGCUGCUGGCGGCGGGUCCAAGUUGUAAAGCGGCUUCCUUGCAUUUUCUUACGCGAAUGACCGGAGAUCGUUUGAUUCUUUCCGUUUUGUCUUUAUUUUACGCAGCAAAGCGUCAACGUGACAGAUAAACGAUGUGCUCUCGUGCCUCGUGCAGCUCUUCUGUGUUGCACCUGCUGCAAUCAUGACGUCAUACAUGGAGACACACAAGGAGCGUCAGUCCAACAUGAAUGUUUCCAUAUCUCACAUAUCUUUAGUUCCAAUGACCAUAGAUUAAAUGAUUAAUACUUCCCAAAUUCCAAUGAAGUAAUACAAACACUUCCGGCUCUUAGAGACUGUACAUAUACUGUAAACUGUUAACAGUUCAUAUAUUGUCCAUAAAGUAAAAAAGGUAUUGUUUCAGGUA